CUCUUGUAUAUAUUUAACCAAUCUUUCUCUCUUACCCUUUAUCUAAAAACACAUUGAAUCACAUACCCAUCUUCUCUUUCUUCUCUCUCCCCUCUCUUUCUCUCUCAUGGGCAAUGCAAUUUCUCCAUGUUGUCAACCGAAUUCGAAUCCAGUAGUGAAGCUAAUAUUUUGGGAAGGAACAACUAGGGUUUUAACCGGAAAACGGCUAGCCGGAGAGAUCAUGUUUGAGUUCCCGGACCGUAUGGUUUGCCACGCAGACUCAUUCUUCAUCGGUCACCCAAUCCCUUCGCUUGGCAUCGAUGAUGAACUCAUGACCGGUCAAACCUACUUUGUUCUACCCCUUGAUUGCUUUGCAUGCAACGUGCUCUCGGCUUCUUCUCUCGCUGCAUUAGGGUCUAGCCCUAGACGUGCACCGGUGAAUUUCAAAGACAGCCCUUUCGAGCACAUAAAGGGAUCAAAUGGGAGAGUUUUGAUCAGAGUCAUGCCUGAAUUCAUAGUAAAGCUCAUUACAAGAGGUAAGGAAUUAUGUCCAGAGUCCGGUAGCGGUAGCCCUAGCCAUAGUUUUCUUUGUAGUACGCCGGAGUUGAAGAAGCACUAUGAUCAGCUUGUUGGGUCUAAAGAUAUGGUAUGGUCACCCAAGCUUGAGACUAUUUCCGAAAACAAGAUUAGGUUUUCACCAUGUAGAUUUAUAGGGUUGGAAUGGAAACAAAAAAAGAGUCAAAGGUAGUUGUUGCAUUCUUUGUUUUGAUGAAGAAUGUUUUUGUUUUCUUCUCUCAUGGUGAAAUUUAAAUAGAUGAUGAUGAUGAUGAAAUACAGAUGCCUAUCUAGUAUUUGAUCUUUUCAAGUGUUUUUUGACACUAGGUUUAUAAAUUUGUACAAAAAAAAUCCUAUUCGAAGCAUUAUUGAAAGAGUUGUUGGUCAAAAUGUUGGUUAGUGUAUGAAAUUAAGAACCAUUUGGAUGGAUUUAUGUUUUA